AUGAAGUUUACUAUUAUUUCGACUGUGAUUAUCACUGCUUCUGCAGUCAUUGCUGUUCCUGCCAUCAAUGACAGACUCCAGUUUAAUGCACCGUCUAUCAACCAAAAUCAAAACACUGGUCUCGAUACUGGAUCUGGAUCUGGUCCUGGUCUGUCAUCUGAGUCUGGUUUUGGAUCUGAGUCUGAAUCUGCCAUUCAGGAUGCAGCCAAAAUCCCGAUUUUUUCAGCUCCAACGUUUUCAAAACCAGUAUUUCCACAAAACACUGCUGAUACUCAAAACAUUGAUAUUCCACAUCAAUCAUCCGUCUGUUCAGUUGACGAUUACGCAAACACCAUCCAGAAUUUGCAAAAUGUAAUCCAACAACAAAUGUCAACCAUCCAUGACAUGCUGGAUAGAUUGCACGCAUCCAGUAUUCAACAACCAGCAAUGCCUGAUUCAUCAUUUGAUUCAUCGUUUGGUGCACGUCAUGAUGCAUUGACUCGUUUGCAUGAUUUGAAUGAUCGUCUUGGCAACAAUAUGGUCAGAUUCACGACUGCUAGCCCAUUGGUUAUGGAUUCAUGGUCUGAUGUCAAGAGCGGUAUGAAACCAUCAUGUGCCGGAAUCAAUGCGGUUUCCACAUGUCAAGAAAAUGCAAUCAAGAGUGAUGUGUCGUGUGGUGAAGACAAGUCUGCAGCAGUAGAUCGAGCCAAUGCAGUGCGUGGAUUCAUACGUGGCAUUGCAUUGCAAAAACUUGCAUUGUUGGACUGUGCAGCAUCUAAUCUUGGACAGCAAUAUCAAGGUAACCAAAAAACACAGCUACUGCAGCAACUUGAUCGUGUUCGUAAAGCCACGGCAAAACUUGAAUUGCAGUCCAAAUUACUAAUCUACCAUGUUUGUAAAAGUAAAUUCAAUAUGACUAAUGUGAUGAAUUUUAGUGCCAAUUUAUUAUGCAACAUCACAGGUUUUAAUCCUAAAUUUGAACAUGCAUUUAUGAGUCCUGGGAGUUUCCAAUACGAUCAAAAAGUGGAUCUGACUAGUUCAUUAGCAUAA